AUGCGAGCCCAUAUUCCCGAGAAAAUUGGGAUAUCUCCAAAGGUAUCAUCUGCAGAUGAACCGUCAAUCCCUGGGAGAACCAACGUGCAUUAUGUCGAUCGCAGCAAGAAUGGCAUCCUCCCUGAAUACGAAGAUAGAGCUAUUCCUGGAUAUGAUGCGAAUCUCAUGCGGUUACGAGCAACCCUGAGCAGUGCCGAAGAACAAAGGCUCCUUCGACGAAUCGAUUGGCAUCUCCUCCCUCUUUUGGCCGUGAUGUACAUGCUGAAGAGUGUCGAUGCCAGUAAUGUUUCUUACGCUCGAAUUAUGGAUCAAGGGACUCCAUAUAAUAUCCUGACUGAACUCAAAAUGACUUCGGAUCAGUACAACCUGGUCACCACAUUGUACUAUGUCCCUUACAUCCUCGCAGAAGCACCUUCAAAUCUCCUACUGAAAGGCGCAAGACCUUCUGUCUGGCAAGCCCGAAUUAUGGUAUCAUGGGGAAUCGUGCUUUGUUGCCACGCAGCUGUCACAAACAGGCAGGGUCUUUACAUCGUUCGGUUUUUCCUCGGUCUCUUCGAGGCCGGUCUGUGGCCUGGAAUGCUUGUACAACUAUGCUACUGGUAUAGACCGGACGAGAUUGCUCCUCGAGUAGUUCUCGUGACGGUUCUGGGAUGCUUUAGUACGGUCAUAAGCGGUGUACUUGCAUUUGCAUUCAAUAGCGUGGUUGCUGGCGGGUUAUCUGGGUGGAAGUGGCUGAUUUUGACCGAAGGCCUCUUCACCGUCCUGCUUGGAAUAUUUACCUAUUUCUUCUUGCCAGACUUCCCAUCAACGGCAUCCUGGCUAUCUGAUGAACAAAAAGAUUUUAUCCAGGCGCGUCUCCCUGUUAACUCCCCACGGUCGGCCGAGGCCAAUUUCGAUCUACCCGAGCUGAUCAAAACUCUCAAAAACAAGAGAAUCUGGCUAUUCCUCCUCUGCUGGGCUUUCUUCACCGUUGGCACUACAGGGCUUACCUUUUACCAACCCACGGUAAUUGCAAGCCUCGGAUUCUCAUCUAUGGGUGAAUCGCUUCUGUUGAACAUCCCCUCGGCAGUCUUUGCUGUCGUCUUGACUAUCGCAUUUGGUAUUUUCGCAGAUACAGGGCGCAUUCCUCAGCCCGCUAUCCCACUUGCGUUCAUGAUUGUAAUUGAAGCCUGCUAUGGCGUGCUCUAUAUAUUCCCAAACAAUGGCGGAGUCUACGCUGCAACAGUGAUAGCAGGAGGGUUCUCAACUGCUUGGUACACCAUGAUGUGGCCCUGGCGAGUGCAGACCACCGAAGGUGCAACCGGCUCGGCAUUUGCGAUUGCUUUUGCGAACAGUUAUGGUCAGAUUGGAGGUGCGGUCGGGUCCCAGUUGUUUAAUUCCCGAUAUGGACCCCGAUAUACGACAUCUUUUGGGAUUGCGAUGGGGUUUGUUGGCAUGGCGAUCGUUAUGAAUCUUAUUACUUGGGGAUUUACUUGGAAGGUCGAUGUCGAUACCAGGAGAUUGAAGAGAAUCAGAGUCGCAGCAGCGAAGCAAAACCAGGCGGUUCUAGAUGAUGUUGACAUUCACAUUGGGGAGAAGUAA